CUCCACUUCGUGGCUUUGGAUACCUACCUAGAUAGAAAAUCGUGAUGACCUUCCUAUUUUGAUGCUUAAAACCUACUGGGGAGAAGCUAAACUAUUUAAGUGUUCGCGUAAGGAUUGGCAGGCUGGGCAAGUCCCAUAGAAAUCCGCCCGGAUAGCUUAAAUUUGACUUCUGGAACAAUUUCUUUCCUCUUCAACCAUCACAUCGCUUGUCAACUGAACCGUCAAGUCGCCCCCCUCACGAUGUCGGUCAUAUCAGCAAGUCUAGACGACCGGCUGGAUCCCCUCAUCUACGUUUCGACACAGCUGUUUGUCUCAGCCGCUGUGCUCGGCUUCGCGGCCCCAGGGUCAUUCUCCCGCCAUGGAGUCGUCCCUGUCCUGUUCGCCUGCACGUACUCCUUCAUGAUGUACGCGCGAGCGAAAAUCCAACAGCCUUACGCCGCGGUAGCCAGCUUGAUAGUAUGGGGCCUGUUCCUCAACUAUGUCUCGAUGGCUAUCCUGAGCGGAUGGAGCUUCGAAGCCAAAGGACCAGCUUCUCAGCUUGCUGCCAAGGCGAAAAAGAACGCUGACAGCAAGCCACGUGACGAGGCGGCGAAAGUUGAAAAGAAGACCAGUGGAUCAGUGUUCGAGAGGAUUGUUUUUGGUUUUCAGAGCAUCUUCUCCUUCAGGGAUUGUGGAACACCAUUCGAAGCCAAGAACGUCCCGCCUUUCAUCUAUAAUGAUCCGAGCUUUGUCCCCUCCGCUGCGGCAUUCGUCCUUCGCUCAGUGGUGACCGCCAUUAUCUGCUACUUUGUCAUCGAUUUCAUCGAGAGCCAGCCACCUCCUCCAAACGCUGCCCAGAUAUACUCGCUCGACAGGGUUUCAGUUCUCAAGCGCCUCGGAGAUAUCACUCAACAGGAAGCUCUCACCAGGAUUGCAGUUUCAUCCGGAUUUUGGGUUAUCUUGAGCACAUCGAUGACACUGCUCAGUUCUGUUGUGAACAUACUAUGUGUCGUCCUUGGACUCAGCAAGGUAGAGAACUGCAAGGCGCUUCUUGGGCCUAUGUCUGAAGCCUACACCAUCCGUGGCUUCUGGGGACAUGCUUGGUUUCAGGGAACCCGCAAGAUCUUCGCAGCACCCGCCAGCUACUUCGUGGAUGAAUGGUUCGUCUUCCAAAGGUAUUCCCCACCAAACACAUACUCAAAAGUGUUCGUCACGUUCUUCAUGUCUGGACUCUUGAACGCCAUUGCCGAUUGGUCGCGUGGCAUGGAAUGGGAGAUGUCUGGCGCUUUGAAGUUCUUUUAUUUCCAGGCCGCCGGGGUCGUGGUUGAGGAUGCAAUUCAGCUUAUCUACCGCCUGAUCAGCGGAAGAGACUUGAAGGAUCCCCCUCGCCUGUGGACCAGAAUGCUAGGAUACGUAUGGGUGGGCUUCUUCCUCUUGUUUUGGACGACUCCUGGUUGGUGUUAUCCAUCUGCUCUGUUCAACUUGGGCACAGAGCAGGGGAAGCUCAUUCCUUAUGAUCUGAGCUACUUCAGAAAGUUUGCCAAGAAGCAGUAGAGGAGAAGAUAUGUGGAGGAUCAGGAUAUGGCGGUGUCUUCGCCGUGGGAUGUUUUGAUAUGUCUGUGGAACGAGUAUUGUAUGUAGUUCGAAUUGUACAAUGUAAUGCGAUUCCAAAGCUUAAUUGCCUGCUUAUUGCGCGAAUGAUAAUGAAUGACUUCAGACGAGUGGUUGAGAAAGUAAUAAUUCGGUUGGCAUGUGGCAUCAUCAUAAAUCGGAACCUCUCGUGAGGAAUUAAGGCAAUGUCAAGCUGAAAUUGACAAUGCCCUUGUGGCAAUUUGUGUCACUACAGCAACAACAAACUUACCAACUUCA